AUGCCACCUCACUUCCGCAAUCUCGACAGUGACAAUGUUUCUGGUGGCCCCCAAGCCUCAGAUGGCAGUUCUACCCAAACUUUCCCACAGAGAGUCACGGAAGAGUCCCCGUCGUCUCCUCCAAUUCUCUCUGAUCAGUCUUCAGCUCGCAUCCGUGACACUCCUCCAGCAUCACCCCAUGGACAGAAUCUGGGCGAUCGGCGGCGAUCUUCUACUUCAAUCGGAGGUCGUCUCGCGGCUCCCCGACGGAGAUUAGGUGUUAUCAACUCUCGACGCGACUCACAGCGGUCUGUUGAUAGAACUCCAAACCGAGUAGUUCGUCCACGUCACCGCACGCGUACUAUUCGUGACAAUCGACGAACCGGAAGCUUCCUACAUUACGUCUCUUCUGUUGAGGAUCUCAGUCGAGCCAUCUCUGGCGUGCAACAGACUGGCCAGCCGCAGCGUGGGGAUAGGCAACCCCUUGCGAGUCAUCCUUCGGAAAUGCCUCCCAGAAGAACCCGCACCUUCCGGGUUCGGUCAUGGAGAGAUCCUCCCACACCAAACCUCCUGUUCCCAAUCCCCGAGCACCAUGUACUCGGUCAAUCGAUUCAUACACCGGGGCCUCAGCCAUCUCAUCCAUCAGCCAACAGGGUGACAACCCCGCCUGCCGAAGCCGUGCGGGAGCUUUCUCGCCUGAGCAUCGAUUCUCAGGGGAGUACGGAUAGCGACAGCACCGAGCAUGACACUCAGCCUCCUGUCCGUCCGAACCGCCUCCGGUAUCCAGGACACGUACUCUAUUGCGACUGCUCAGUGUGUGAUAUGUUGAAUGAGCCUUGUAGCCCUUAA